GAAGAAGUGAUAGUUUUUAAUGAAUUGUUUUUUUCUUCAUACAUAUAGAAAAGUCGAUUAAUUGUCUAAUCCCUCUCUCUAUAUAUAACAAUAGAGAAUUAAUUAAAACACUAAUUAACAAUCAAACAAGAAAACAAAAUGGGUAGUGAAGAAGACAAGAGUAGUAAUAGUAAGAAAAUAAUUAUUCCACCAAGAAAUAAUGCAUCCUUGCCCAGCCAAUCUACUCAUCAUUCUGCUUUGAAAUCUUUGACUCGUCGUGUGGUAACUGUAAAUGUGGGUGAGGAUAUUGUGGCAAAAAUCAAAGAAUUGGCUUCUACUUGUGAAUCGUUGACCAUUCUUGGUGCUAAUGGCGUACUGUCAUCUGCAGACAUUAUUUAUUGUAAUGGAAUGUUUAAAUUCACGGGCCAGGGUUGGUUUCAAAUUGCAUCUCUGACAUGUUCAACCAAAGCUGGUGAAGAAGUAACUGUGAAUGUUUCAUUGUCUGAUUAUGAAUCUAAAUCAAAGUUUUCUCGAGUUUUUAUUAGUGGUGUUGCACGAGUGUUAAUUACUGCUAAAACUCCUACUCAACUGAUCAUUGCUACUAGUGAUGAUGAGAAUGUUAGGUACUCAUCAACAACGGUGUCAUCUGUCGCAACACCCUCACAGGCACAUGCACAAGCACCCGCAUGGACACGCGCACCAGUGCAAGCAUCUGCUUUAGCACCAGCGUCAGCGCAUGCAUUACCAUGGGCACCUGCACUGGUACAAGCACCUGCUUUAGCACCUGCAUCAAUAUGGGCACAUGAAUUGGCUCUAGCACGAGCACCAGCACCAGCACCUGCAUCAAUAUGGGCACAUGAAUUGGCUCUAGCACGAGCACCAGCACCAGCACCAGCACCUGCAUCAAUAUGGGCACAUGAAUUGGCUCUAGCACGAGCACCAGCACCAGCACCUGCAUCAAUAUGGGCACAUGAAUUGGCUCUAGCACCAGCACCAGCACCAGCACCUGCAUCAAUAUGGGCACAUGAAUUGGCUCUAGCACAAGCACCAGCACCAGCACCUGCAUUAGCACCAGCGUCAGCGUGUGCAUUAGCAUGGGCACCUGCAUUAGCACCAGCGUCAGCGCCUGCAUUAGCAUGGGCACCUGCAUUAGCACCAGCGUCAGCGCGUGCAUUAGCAUGGGCACCUGCAUUAGCACAAGCACCAGCACCUGCAUUAGCAGGAGUGCCAGCAGCACUAGUACAAGCGCCAGCACUUGCAUCAAUAUGGGCACAUGAACUGGCACUAGCACGAGCACUAGCACCAAACCAAGCUCCUGCAUUAGUACAAGUACCAAACUACCAUCAAGUUCAGGCACCACCAUUACACUUACUUCAUCAACACCAAUAUCAUUAUCAAAGACCAAUACACUUACCUCAACAGCACCAAUAUCAUUAUCAAAGACCUGAACAGUUACUACGACAACUACAAUAUCAAUAUCAUCAAAGACCACACCAGCACUUGAGAAAUGAUCAAAGACCACCACCAGCAGCAGCAGCAGCACAAGGAUUAUCCGAGCAAAAAAUGCUUGAAUAUGACAGAAUUGUAUAUCCAUUCUUACGUGAUCUAUUUCAAGAACCAGAACCAGAACCAGAAGAGCAACGUGAAAGAGUAGAACCAGCACCAGCAACACCACCCUUACCAAAAGAUGAGCAUAAUCUCAGCAGUGAACACGAUCAAAGCAGCAAUGGAUCCAAUAACAUAGACUCAGACUAGCAUCAUUAAUGCCAAUUGGUUUGGUGGGACUUGUUCUUCUAAUUUUCUUUUUUACUAAUUUCUCUAUAAACAUCUCUGUAAUCAUAAACACUUUAGAAAACAUCUACUUUUGUGGAAAUUUGUAUGACUUGCUUGCUGCAUUCAUUAC